AUGACCUUGCUGCUCCUCCUCGACCCCAACACCGGAUUUGCGCCUAGACUACGACAAUUGUGUCGCGACCAAAUAACAGAGGCGGAGAAUAGCGCGUCUUCUGAUGUCUCUCAAGAAGAACUCGACGUCUUACGCAUGGAGGCUAAUACGUGGGCCGACUACAGUGCCCGCAAAACUGAACCAGAACCACACGUCCAUCCCCGCACAUUACUUGCCAAAAAUCCUUACACUCCUACGUCAACACUAGCACAAGCAAUCAUGCAUUCGUCAGUGCUCCUCACAGAACUCGUCGUAGCUCUACGCACAGGCUCAGGAAUAAGAGAGGGUCUGGCUGAUGGUAGAUCAUUAGCAGCUGAUGACGCCGGAUUCGAGAAAAGCCUAGCACAAGCGCUCUAUUCAUUCGUUCGUGCUGGCAGAUUGGACGAGGCAGUUGAAUUAUGCAGAAAAGCACAUCAGCCAUGGAGAGCUGCAAGUAUCCGCGGUUCGCUAUUAUUUCAGUGGCGAGCUAUUGGUAACAACGGGACUGACGACGGCAUCGAUGACACCGAGGAUGCCGAAGGGUGGCAGGGAAACCCACGUCGAAAACUAUGGAAAUCAACAUGCGCAAGAGCAGCUCUGAAUCCCAACCUCCCUGAUCCAGAGCGCAUUCUCUAUGCAGCUCUCGCGCCCUGCCCUCAAACAUUCAGUGUCCUCAAGUCCGCAUGUCGAACAUGGGAAGACCACCUAUGGGCACAGAUCAGUAUCCUAUGUGAGGAGAAACAGACCGCAGAGAUGAUUAAACUAGUGUUAGAAAAUAUGCCCUCACCACCAUCUCACGAGGAAGAUGCAGCUGAGGAAGAAGAGUGGGAGAGGGAAGCGACAUCUACGUUGGAAACACUAGGUAGCGUUCACUUCAGUCCCACCGCAGACCAUGCAUUCCAUGUCUCUCAGCUGGCCAUCAUCCUCGAUCGGACAAGUUCACUGCUAGAAACCUUUGCAGCUGGACUCAAGGAUGGAAACUUCGAUCCCGAAUCAUCAGAGUACCCUACGAUGACGCGUUUCUUCGCGCACCUCUGCCUUUACUUGCGUAUGAUUGACAUUCCAGUUCCGCCGCUCGCGACCCAAGUCGUUCUCGAGGCUUACCUACAAGUGUUGGAAGCUGCAGGCCAACGAGAGUUGAUCGCCAUGUAUGCCGGCGCACUAGGAGACAAUGCAGUGGAGCGAUAUGCAAUGUUCUUGACCUCGCUCGAACUGACCUGCGGACAUCAACGAACGGUGGCAGUCGUCACUGCCGAGCGAACAAUCGAUAGAGCCUUCGAGCUUCUACCCCAAAUGAAGGGACCGCUCCCUUCUGUCAUUGCAUUGCAGGCCACUGCUUCUGAUAUCGAGCUCCUACUGCUUCGUUCCAUAGAGUGGACGACAUUUGAGGAUGGAACGUAUGAUACUGCACUGGAACAAGCCACCGUCAUUUUGCGGUACUUCCUAGGGGCUGGGAGGGUUUCACUUGCAAAAAGCCUCGUGGAGAUGCUUCCGCGUGAACUCGCCUCCAUCGACCAACCUGAGGAGCGAGCCACAGAAUACCUUCACUACAGACAAUUCUUCACGAUUUGGGACAGUCUUGACCGGGUCGUUGAGUGCCAGAGUCUAGAAGUGUCGAUAAUGAACCGGGAUACCAGGGCCGCUUGGCUAAGCGACUACAAGGGGCUCAUGGAUCAGGCCUAUGAUGCCGUAGUGAAACUGCUAACUUCGGAUUGGAUGAUGCCAGAUGAGACAGGAGAUCGCCGUUCCCGCGAGCUAACUCGUGUUCGGCAGAUAUACGUCCCCGAGCUUAUACUGCGACUGCAUGUGAUGCUUUACGCCUCUCGAGAGCAUGUCCCAGAGAAUCUGAAGCGCGCAUUGGAGCUUGCCAAUGUUGUUGCGGAUUCGAGGUACAAGCUGUAUGAUGAUUUUCUACAUCUCGAUGGCCGAAGGCUUGGGGAGUACCUCGACGCUGUGCGCCGGGCCACGAUAGCUGGGUUGGAAGGGGGUGGAUCGGAUCCUUUCAAGAUUAUUCUAUCGUAA